AUGAAGUGCCCGGACACCGUGCUAACCCUGCUCUUGGUUUGCCUGAUCGGUGAAGUUAUACCAGCCCAUGAAGCAGAGCUCGCGUCUGAAUCAACAGGCGUCUCCGAGCCGUCCCUUCUAACGUAUGCGGGGGAUGAGCAUCAUCCGACCUCGACGGUGCGCCUCGAACUCGACAAGCGAAGAGGUGGCAUAGGUGGUGCGGGCAGAGGACGUAUUGGCGGAGGACGUAUAGGUGGCGGAGCUGCGGCUGGAGCUGGCAUAGGCGCGGGCGCGGGUGCCGCCGCCGGUGCUCACAGAUAUCAUGACCCGCGGAGAAAUACAACAUCUUCCGAGCCCGCAUCAUCCCCCACGACUAGUGCGACAUCUCCAACGAGCCGCACAUCACCCCCCACAACUAGUGCGGCAUUUCCAACGAGCCGUACAUCCUCAAUGGCCACACACUCUGCUCCCGGUGGCGCCGCGUCCAUCGACAUCACCACUACCCUAACCGCAUUGGUUGUCAUGCUAUGUGCUUUGAGCCUGUCUAUGGUGUAA